GCAAGAGUGCCUCGUUUCCGCCAAGGAGCCCCAGGAUCGGGCCGGCGAAGUUGCCGCUGCACCUCGCUGGCUCGCCCGCCGUCGUCGCGCCCCGCGGCCCGGCCGCAGAGUGUCCGGCAAGCUGCGGAACAAGCAGCCGCAGAUGUGGAGCCCCCGGCGCGACAGCCCUCGCCGCGACAGGACCCCUGCGGCUGGCGGAGACGCGUGCAGCCCCACGAGAGCGUGCCGCUGGUGCCGGGCGUGCACGCCAAGGCGCCGUUGCUGGAGUGGCCCGACUCCGCGCUCUCCUCGCCGCGCUUCGGCGUCGACGACCUCCAGGUCAGAGUCAGCCACCCCGUGGCCGCGCCGCCGACCCCGCGGCAGUGGCUCGACGACUUCGAGUUCGCCGUCCUGUAGGGCCUCUGUUGGCUGUUGUGCUCGCCUCCAGGAGUGCUCCAGGAGUGCCUCCAGGAGUGCUCCAGGAGUGCCUCCAGGAGUGCUGUUGGCUGUUGUGCUCGCCUUUGGACGGCUUCCGCGGAGUGCUCGCAGGAGCGUCCCGGGCCGGGCUCGCCAGUGUCGUGCAUCGGUGCUGCCAAAGGUGGCUCUGGCCCAAUGAGGAAAAGGAGGAGGUAAUGACCUCAUGCGCUCCUCUUGAGAAUGGCAUCGACGGGGAUCGGCGCGCGCGCGCGUGUCCGGCGCGGGGCACUCUGCCCGGUCUCCCGUGCCGCGCGCUCGGCCUGUUGCACGCAAGGGGGUGGCGCGAGUGCCCCGCGGGCGGCAGGAUCCAGGAGGGCCUCUGAGGCCUGGGCUUUGCGUUAGUUUCAUGACGGAUUCAGUCUGUGUAGGAACGCAUUUAAUCCAAGGGGCGUACCCCACCCCAUUAUGCCGGCC